AUGCCUGCAAAUCGAGUUAAACGUUCUGUGGAAGAUGAGAGGCUUUUUCAAAAAUCAAAACGUAUGAGAAAUACUUUAGCUCAAAGAGAACGCAGACAAAAACUAGCAUUGCAAUUAGAAUAUAAUAGAUUCAAUAUUCAAGUUGAAGAUAUUCAAGAAAAUUAUAUUGGAAAAAUGGAUAUUCUUUGUAAAAAUUGCAGUGCGAGACAUUUCCAAGUAGAAGAAGUGAAUAAUAAAAAAACAUUCAACGAUUGCUGUAGUCAUGGUGAAGUAAAUCUCGAACCAUUACCUGAUUCACCAGAUUUAAUAAAAAAUUUAUUCAACGGUUCUCAUGAAUUUUCGAAAAAUUUUCAUGAACGAAUACGAUCAUACAAUAAUGCUUUUGCUUUUGCAUCUUUCAAUGCAAAUUUAGUAAAUUUUCCGUCUAAUAAUCGACCAGGUCCUUAUUGUUUCAAAAUUCAUGGCCAAAUAUAUUAUCAAAUUAAUACAUCUUUAUAUCCAAGUGGAGAUGAUAUUCCUUCAUUCGGUCAACUUUUUAUUGUCGAUCAGAAUGAAGCAACUAACGUUAGGUCACAAUUUAACAAAGAUUCGUGUUUAAAUAUGGAAAUUAUUGAAGCUAUAGGCAAUACUCUUUGUGAGAUUAAUGUAUUUGCAAAGUCAUAUCAGAUGAUGCAUGAAGAAUUACAGCAAACAAUCAAUGACGGUCAAGAAGAAACAGAAAUGCGAUUAAUAUUUUCUACGAAACCUGGUAAAGAUGCAAGACGAUAUAAUGUGCAAAAAAUAAAUGAAGUUGCGAAUGAUACAUUAAUAGAUGAAAAUGGAUACCCAAGUUAUCGUCGUCGAAAUACUGGUGCUUUUCAACGUCAAACUGGAAAUAGUACUGAUAAUCAAUAUGUUGUUCCUCAUAACCCGAUGUUAUUAUUAAUUUUCAAUUGUCAUAUCAAUGUUGAAAUAGUAUCGAGCAUUAAAGCAAUUAAGUAUUUAUAUAAAUAUAUAUAUAAAGGACAUGAUGCAGCUUCUAUAGUUGUAACUAAUUCUACUGCUGAAGAUAACACUUCAUCAAUUAAUUAUGAUGAAAUUGUUAAUCAUAUAGAGACUCGGUAUGUUAGUCCAGUUGAAGCGUGUGAUAGAAUUUAUGGGAGACCUUUACAAGAAAAAAGUCAUUCUAUUACACGCUUGCCUGUACAUUUAUCAAAUCAGCAAACUAUAACUCUAAAUGAUGAAGCAGAAGAAACUAUACGUAUGAUAAUGAAUCAGCAAACAAUGCUUAUGGAUUAUUUUGCGUUAAAUCAGCGGGAUCCGAUGGCAAGAAUUUAUACAUAUGCUGAAAUUCCAGAACAUUAUGUUUUCAAAAAAGGUUCAGGUAAAAAUGGAAUAUGGAAACCGCGUAAACAACAGUUCAAUGUAAUAGGAAGAAUGUAUUCUAUUAGCCCAAGUCAAGUAGAAUUAUUUCAUCUCAGACUAUUGUUAUUAAAAGUGAAAGGAGCAACGAGUUUUGAAAAUAUUAGGACUAUCGAUGGAGUUAUGCAUGAUACUUAUCGAAGUGCGUGCUUAGCGUUGGGUUUGAUUGAAGAUGAUGAAGAAUGGGAUCGAGCAAUGACAGAAGGAGAAGUGUGGAUGAUGCCUAAACAAUUAAGACAUUUAUUCGUACGAAUUUUAAUACAUUGUUGUCCAGUAAAACCAGAAAUACUUUGGGAAAAUUAUAAGGAUUCAAUGUCAGAUGAUUUUAAAAAAAAAUAUAGUUUAUCUCAAUCAUAUACGAAAUUAUAUCAUGAAAUAGUUAAGCUUCUUGAAAAAGAGAAAUCGAAUAUAAGUAAAUUUGCAACAAUGCCAUCAUUAAUUGAAUUUGAAUCACUGGAGAAUUUAAAUAACGAAGAAAUUGUUUUACAAAACCACUCGGAAAUAGGUUUGAAUCAAUAUAAAACCUUGAAUAUAAAACAAAAAAUAAUAGUAGAUGAAAUAAUGGAUAAAGCGUUAUCAUGUAGAAAAGAUAAUUUAAAUUCAUGCUUUUACAUUGAUGGGCCAGGUGGAUCAGGAAAAACAUAUGUUUACAGCACAAUAUAUCACUUAUUACGAAGCAAUGGAAAAAAAGUUGCUACAAUGGCUUUUACAGAAAUUGCGGCAAUAUUGCUUCCAGAAGGAAGAACAAUGCAUACUCUUUUUGCAAUGCCUGUUCCAAUAUAUGUUGAUUCAACAUCAAAUAUUAAACAGCAAUCAAAAGCAGCGGAAGAACUGAGAAACAUUGAUGUCAUAAUUUGUGAUGAAGCACCAAUGGCACCAAGAUACUGUUUGGAACUAGCUGAUCGAACCUGCCGCGAUAUAAUGAAUAAUAAACUACCUUUCGGUGGGAAAAUUAUGCUCAUGGGUGGUGAUUUUCGGCAAUUAUUGCCAGUACUAAAAAAUGAAAAUAUGAGAACAUUACCGGAAGAAUCAGAAUUCGCAAAAUAUAUACUAGACGUUGGAAACGGUACAUUAAAUGAUAACAAUGAUAAUUUAGUAAUUCCUAAAGAAUGUUUAGCAAAUAGAAAUGAUGAUAUAGUAGAGAAAAAUUUUACUGCAAUAGAUAGUACUGAAAAUUGUGAUAAUGGAGAACUUAAUAAUUAUAUUUUACCAGAAUAUUUAAACACGUUGAAUCCACCAAAUUUUCCACCAUAUGAAUUGAAAAUGAGGUUGUACUGUAUUGUCAUGCUUUUACGUAAUAUUAGUCAAAGUGAAGGUUUAUGUAACGGAACGAGAUUGCAAGUAUUAAGUAUGUCUAAUAAUCUUCUAAAAUGUAGAAUUUUAACUGGUGAUAAAGAAAAUGAUAUAGUAUUCAUACAUCGCAUAACUCUUUAUUGUGAAGACGUUUAUCCUUUCACGUUUAAACGAAGACAAUUUCCAAUUAAGAUAGCAUUUGGAAUGACGAUAAAUAAAUGUCAAGGACAAACAUUCGAAAUGAUCAAUUGA